CGACAGCAUUCGCGCGUUUGCCUUCAAGUCAAAUAUUUUGGAAAACAUCCAAGGAAUAGCAGAGAUAAUUUUUUUGGAAAUUUAAUCAGGAAUUUUCAAGCUUUUUUCGAAAUAAAUAGCCACCAUGUCCGAGGCAGCAGCUGCAAAUGGAAGUCCCUCUCCCGCUCCCGAGGCCCCGGCGGCAGAGUUGGCCCAAUUGGCUCUGGAGGAUGAGGCGGCGCCCAAGGUCAGCUUUUCGGACCAGUUCAAGGCCUUCUCCAAGUUCGGGGACACCAAAUCCGAUGGCAAGCUGAUUACGCUCUCGCAGAGCGACAAGUGGAUGAAGCAGGCCAAGGUGAUUGAUAAGAAGAUCACCACCACGGAUACGGGCAUACACUUCAAGAAGUUCAAGGCCAUGAAGAUCUCGAUUGGGGACUACAACAAAUUCCUGGACGAUCUGGCCAAGACGAAAAAGGUGGAGCUGUCGGAGAUCAAGCAGAAGCUGGCCGGUUGUGGGGCUCCCGGAGUGGCCUCUGUUUCGGCUGGCAAGGCGGCAGCUGCAGUGGAUCGGCUGACGGAUACGAGCAAGUACACCGGCUCCCAUAAGGAGCGCUUCGAUGCCACCGGCAAGGGCAAGGGCAUUGCCGGCAGGCGCAACCUGGUCGAUGACUCUGGCUAUGUGAGUGGCUACCAGCACAAGGACACCUACGAUGCUGGACACUAAAAGGGGAAUCACCCACAAAUUUUUGCAACCGCCCACCCCCUCUUAAUAUCACUCUCACUCUCUCUUACUUUUCCUUAACUUUUGUGUUUCUCUAGUUUAUGUUUUCCAUUUCUACUGGUAGCUGCAAUUAUUUAUCGUAAUUAAUUUGUGUACAUAAUAUAAGUUUGUGAUAAUUUAAGUGCUUACAAAUAAAUUGAGAUAUUUUGAUUAUAA